AUGGCCGAGAGAGCAGAAGCCCAAUGGGUCCACAUCCGAGUCGUCAACUCCUUGUCCUUCGACACCCUAAGUGUCAGAAACACCUGGCUCGGUUGGGGCAAAUUCCACAAGGAAAACAACAAGAGUGCUGAGAUUCCGGUCUCAGACAUCAACACUCUCAGAGCAGCUCCUGGCGGUUCGUUUAACGUCUUCGCAUGUGGCAGAGCACACUCGCCGUCUGGCACGGAGGGAAGUUUCGAUAUAUACAAUGGGGAUGUCCGAGUCGCCUAUAUCUACUGGGACUGUCCUUGGGGCUCAAAGCGCAACCAGUUCCGCAUGGAGAGGAUUGCUGAUGAUUACUGGGUGGAAACGGGAUAUUGGAAUCAGUCGGGCGGUGCUAUUGGUAGUGUUACGGUUGAGAUUGGGAGGAGGGACCGUGCGAUUCGGUCGAGUCUUUAG